AUCCCGAAGCAUCGGCGUGGCCACGUAGGCAGAGAGUGAGAAAUGUCAAAGUGGGAGCGCGACACGGUUGUCCUGAAUUAAAUUCGGGCGUCGACUCUUGAGUGUGUUUGGAAAUCGAAACAACAAUGGAUCUCCGUGAAUCAAUCAGCAACCAAACCGACGUUUCUCUGAGCAUAGCCAAACUCUUGUUCUCGAAAGAAGGUUCCGACAAGAACCUCGUAUUUUCGCCCCUGUCGCUCCAUGUUGUGCUCAGCAUCGUCGCUGCUGGCUCUGAGGGUCCUACACUCAAUCAACUUCUCUCCUUUCUCCGAUCUCAAUCCACAGACCAUCUCAACUCCUUCGCCUCUCAGCUCGUCUCCGUCGUCCUCUCCGACGGUGCUCCCGCCGGCGGGCCUCGCCUCUCUUUCGCAGAUGGCGUGUGGAUUGAACAGACUCUUUCUCUUCACCCUUCCUUCAAACAACUUGUCGAAACUGAUUAUAAGGCCACUCUGGCUUCCGUUGAUUUCCAGACCAAGGCUGUUGAAGUGACCAAUGAAGUUAAUUCAUGGUCUGAAAAAGAGACAAAUGGCCUCGUUAAAGAGCUUCUUCCUGCUGGAUCAGUGGACAGUUCAACCAGGCUCAUCUUUGCAAAUGCACUGUACUUUAAAGGAGCAUGGAAUGAGAAGUUUGAUGCUUCAACAACUAAAGACUACGAUUUUCACCUUCUUAAUGGCAGCUUAGUCAAGGUUCCCUUCAUGACAAGCAAGAAGGAGCAGUUCGUUAGGGCUUUUGAUGGUUUCAAAGUCCUUGGCCUUCCCUAUAAACAAGGCCAAGAUAAGCGUCAAUUCUCUAUGUACAUUUUUCUUCCAGAUGAAAAAGAUGGGUUGUCAGCUUUGGCUGAGAAGUUGGCUUCUGAAUCUGGGUUCAUGGAACGCAAGCUUCCUCAUCAAAAAGUGAAAGUAGGAGAUUUCAGGAUCCCAAGAUUCAAUAUUUCUUUUGGGUUUGAAGCAUCUAAUGUGCUGAAAGAGCUGGGAGUGGUUCUGCCUUUCGCUGGUGGAUAUUUGACAAAAAUGGUGGACUCUCCUGUGGGACGAAACCUAUACGUUUCCAACGUUUUCCACAAAACUUUUGUUCAAGUAAAUGAAGAGGGCACUGAAGCAGCAGCGGCCACCGCUGCAACUGUGCGAUUGAGGAGUGCGUCAAUUAUGACUGAAAUAGACUUUGUUGCUGAUCAUCCGUUCUUGUUCCUCAUCAGAGAAGACGUAACUGGAACAGUACUCUUUAUUGGGCAGCUUCUCAAUCCUGUUGCUGUUUGAUAAUAGCUCCCAUACACUGGACAACAUUGGUAGCAAAACGUGAACCAUUUUUAUUCUGCUAUCUUGUUUUUCUUAUGGGUCCGCAAUUUGUUACCAUUUGACUCGUGAAUUAGGGGUGGAGAGAGUACAUAUUUAUGGACCGGCGUUUUUAUAUUUUUAGUUGCUGAAAGUUAUUAGUUAUCACUUAUGUAGUUACGUGUUCGAGGGGUGCUGCGAAUUUUCAAAUAUUCAUACUUUAAUGGAUAGGAAAGGGGUAUUGAAAUUAACAGUGUGACUUGACAUCAGGAAAAAUUUGCGAUCUGUUAGUGUUAAUGCGUUCUCUCCGCUUCUCGUUUG